AGCGUAGCAUCGUCGCGCGCACACACGCACGUGCGCUGCACGUGAGUAAAUCACGGUCGAACGAGCCAUCUCGAGCGGCGCCGGCCCCAAAUCGGCGCUCGGCGGAGAGACCUACCGGGAGGAGGAGCGGCGUGCGGCGUGCGGCGAUGCUGGCCAGAACUAUGGCUCCCAUGGCCUCGUGGCGGGCUCCGCGGCCCGGCGCAGGAAGGCAUACUGCGGCCGCUUCCUGGCUGGUGCGGACGCGGCGGCGCUUAGCUCUGCCGGGCGAGCCGGUCGGCGGAGAGGGCAGGCCGGCGGCACCGACGUCGUCUACAUCCCAUCGACGAAGGGAAGCUCCAUGGCAUCUUCCAAGCAAAGAACAAAAAGUCACAGCUCCUGCUCGUGGUCCACUUGGCCACAAGACCAAACCUACCCACUAUCCAAGCCCAAAUGCUAGCCAAAUCAGUGCAAUAAGUAGUAAAAUGUUCUACGACCACGGAGCGAGGGCAAAUCCUGCAACAGCUAGUCACCUAAUUUAGCCUUUCCCAUCAGUAGUGUCGUAAUCAUGGGGCCAUCUUUGAGUGCAAGUCAUGUGCAACGUGCUAUUAUAAUCACUCAACCUGGGUGUUAGGCUGUUUGCUAGUAAGUAGAUGCUCCAUGGGAAUAUGUCCAACGCUGACCAUUUUUCAAAGAAAGCACUAGCCGCCUAGCUAGUUGGUAGCCCAAACGAAUCAAGUCAUCGUGCACGCGCCUUGAAUUCCUCGGACUGCGCAUGCGGUGGGUGUAGACUGCAGACAGAGUACCAGAGGGUAUAUUGGUUAAGUGGUGCUUGAUUGGCUUGGAGGAUGGGGACGAGAAGAACAGUCCACGAACAUCACCACCUUUUUGUGGAGAUUGAGAUAGCCGCAGCUGCAUCUAUGGAGAGGUUAGUGCACACCGUGGCUGUAGUUGCAGCGUUGCUGCUGCUGCUGCAGCAGCCGUUGGACGCAGCAGCAGCAGCUACCUGCAGCACCCGCUGUGGCGGCAUCGGUAUCUCCUACCCCUUUGGGAUCGAGGCCGGCUGCUACCGCGACGGCUUCAACCUCACCUGCGACCACUCGUACCGGCCGCCCAAGCUGUUCCUCGGCGACGGCACCGUGGAGGUGCUCGAGAUCUCCAUUCCUGGCGGCACGGUGCGCGUCAACAGCAGUAGCAUCGCGCUGUCACCAGCAGCAGGGGCACCAGGCAAGAAGGCCAACAGCACGGCAAGGUACCACACGUGGAGUGGGCUCAGAAGGGGCGGCCCGUUCUUUGUCUCGCCGGAGAAGAACAAGUUCCUGGUGCUGUCUUGCAGCAACGUCCAGGUCCUCCUCCUCGCGGAGGACAACAGCACCGUCAACGCCUGUGCCACUUACUGCCCACCGGCCCCAGGAAAGGGCCAGCCUUUUCAGUUCCCCUUGAGCAAGGAUUGCUCCGGCAUUGGCUGCUGCAGUGCUGCCAUCCCCAAAGGCUACACCUCUUACAGCAUCCAGGUCCAGCCCCCUGGCAAUGUUUCUGAAUUCGAUGCAGACUCUUCAGUCUACAUAGCCGAGGAAGGUUCCUAUAAUGUCACACACCUGAUAUUCGAAACUGUAAAGACUCUUCCAGUCUUGCUGGACUGGGUGAUCAGCAACUCAACAUGUGGUAAGGAACUGCCUGCUUCUGGGUGCCGCAGCACCAGCAGCUCCUGUCAGAACUACACAAGCUUUGCUUACAAAGGGUACCGCUGUCGCUGCUCUGCUGGCUACGAAGGCAACCCUUAUGUUGUGGAUGGAUGCCAAGACAUUGAUGAGUGUGCGCACUGGGAACUCCACUCAUGCUACGGAACCUGCAUAAAUAUGCCUGGAACGUUUCGCUGCCAAUGCCCUGAUGAGACUAACGGGAACCCCUUCAUAAAAGGGGGGUGCAUCAAGAACAAGAAAUCCUCUCAAGGUUUAAGCAUAGGCCUAGUAGCCAGUGGUGGGUCAAUUCUUGUGCUUCUGGCUUUUGGUGCUCCCUUUGUGACACGUAAGAUCAAGCAACAGAAGGCCCAAAAAAGAAAAGACAAGUUUUUCAAGCAAAAUCAUGGGUUGCUAUUUCAGCAGUUAGUAUCGCAAAGAGCGGAUAUGGGUGAACGGAUGAUCAUCACCCUAGCAGAGCUAGAGAAGGCCACAAACAAUUUUGACAAAACUCGUGAGGUUGGCGGUGGAGGACAUGGCAUUGUGUAUAAAGGCAUUCUGGAUCUACAAGUUGUAGCCAUCAAGAAAUCAAAGAUUAUUGUACAGAGAGAAAUCAAUGACUUUAUUAAUGAGGUUGCAAUUCUUUCCCAAAUCAACCAUCGAAAUGUCGUGAAGUUAAUUGGAUGUUGUCUCGAGGCAGAAGUCCCGUUGUUGGUUUACGAGUUCAUUUCAAAUGGAACUCUUGAGCAUCAUCUGCAUGUAGAAGGACCAGUAUCACUAUCGUGGGACGACCGACUGAGGAUUGCACUUGAGAUCUCUACAGCUCUGGCCUAUCUACAUUCAGCUGCUUCAAUGCCAGUGUAUCAUAGAGAUAUUAAGUCUGCCAACAUACUUCUUGACGAAAGCUUAACAGCCAAGGUAUCGGACUUUGGGGCUUCAAAGUUUGUUCCUAUUGAUCAAACGGGGGUGACUACUGCGGUUCAAGGAACAAUUGGCUACUUGGAUCCCAUGUACUAUUACACUGGCCGUCUAACAGACAAGAGCGAUGUCUUCAGCUUUGGCGUCCUUCUCGUGGAACUGCUUACCAGGAAGAGACCACUCGCCUAUCAUUCUGUGGAUGGCGAUGGUCUUGUUCUGCAUUUUGCCUCACUGGUUACGGGAGGCGUGCUGGCUGACUUGCUGGAUCCUCAGGUCAUGGAAGAGGAAGACGGGGAGGUCCAGGAGGUAGCUGCGCUCGCGGCAAAGUGCGUGAGGUUGAAUGGAGAGGACCGACCGGCGAUGAGAGAGGUGGAGAUGACGCUCGAAAACCUGCGGAUCAAGAGGAAGCAAGCUGCACGUGAUGCGAAAUCUAGGAGCUAUGAUGAUGAUGGCCAACUCUCUACCGACGACACGGCAAGUGAAGGGGACACCGAGCAGCCAAGUGGGGAGUACACCGUGGAAGAGCAAAUCCUGUUGUCGGAGAGGUAUCCUCGAUGAUGAUCUGUUUUGGCCUGAAGAACAACUCUACUGCAUGGUUCCUUGUAAUACAUGUCAAGUCAAAGGACGUCUUCGGAUGAUUUUGCUGAGGAGGAAACCUAGUUCCUAUUCAGUUGUAAAUCUUUCUGGAAACAAUUUGGUAGCGAUAUUUCCUUGAUUCAGAUGAUUUUGUACAUUUUUUCAUGUGAACGUUAAGGAUGGUUCGGCGGACA